CAUAGGACUGCGCAGGGCUCCAAACGGCUGGACCGGGAACGAGACAGAGGGUGGGCAGAUAAAAGGGAGACUUGAGGGGGAGAGAUGGUGAGAAGGGGAAAAACAAAAUCAAAACAAAGGAGGCUAAGCUGAGAAAAUGGCUUUGCUUUUGCCUUCUGGUCAGGCUUUGCUUUUUGGCUUUUCCCUGCUGGUCUGUUUUUUAUGAUGGAGGUGGAACGUUAUAUAGUUAUGGGAGUUAACUUCUGAGCUAUUCAGUCUCAACGCUCUGUUCCUUCCCUGAUUAAAUUUCAUACUGGAAAAAUGGCUGCUUCUGUUAAGCUGCCAGGGGAGGCCCUAACUGUAAGCUGUCAGCUAUACAGUUCAGUCCAGGGACCCAGAAACCCCUCGUCUCUUAGCCUGAACCCCAGUAUCACGCUGCCUGAGGUGGACUGCAACUACCAGAGCCACAGAAGAAACUCAAGCUCCAAUAAUGAGGUCAAAAACACAAAUCAUGCUGUUGAAAACACUAGACGACACAAGUCCUCCCAAACCUCCCAGUUAAACCUCUACCAAAGCAGGGAUACCCCACAAUUGCAAAAAGAUUUAUUCCCUGAAUCAGAAGGAAAUGAUAAUGAGAGAGAUGAUUAUUUGGAUGGAGAUGACCUGAAUAAUUACGAAGACUCCUCUUUUGAGCUUCAUGGGACCUCAAAUAUCACCCAGAAUAGAGCCUUGCAGAACACCACUAAGCCUAGGAUUUUCAACAGCAACCACUGCAGUGGGAGUAGCCCAGUAUGCAACCUGAAGGCCAAGAUGAUGCACCAAGAUAUGUACCUGUAUGGGAACAGCAAAGAAGAUGACCAGGUCAGAAGCCUGUUAGACUCAGGGCCUCAACACUGUAGGGACAACAAUAGCACCCGAAUAUUAAUGGACUUUGAGGAGCAAGAAAAUGAGGAUGAAGAGGACUAUAAUGAAAAUGUUUCUAAAGCCUUCUCAGAUUGUGAGUCCUCUACUCAAAACCAGACAGAUUAUGUCAGUGACUCUUCAAGAAAAAGCUCUGAGGGAGUGCUUGAUAACUUCACUGCCAUUCAGAGCAUAGCCAAUAAUGCUGUAUUUUCUAUGCUAGCUGACCUUGACUCUCCUGCCAAGAAGUCCCAUUGGCCUGCUUCCAUGUCCCAGGAUGAUGAUGUCAAGCCCAUUCUCUGCUUGUCUCCUUGUGGAGUAGAUCCAAACUGUAACAACCACCCACUAGACUUUGAUCCUUUGUCUCUCGAGAUUCCUAAUGGCAUUGCUAGGCUACAAAGCCAAAACCAUCUAAUGACAUCUGCCCAAAAUUAUUACAAGCUGGUGGCUUGUGACCUUUCACCCUUGUCCUUUCCGAGUCCAGUAUCGUCAUCAUUGAACAUGGCUCACAGCCGUGGACGUGUGACCCCACCCGGUGAAUACUACCUCUUCAAACAGCCAGAGGAAGAAAGGCGGGUCCUUGAGGAGGACCUCCAGGGUGAUGGGAAUACUCAGCCGAACAGGGUCCAGACAGUCAUCAAGAACCUGCCAAAAGGAGCAAGAGAAAAAAAGUCACACAAUGAGACAUGGCACCAAAAUUCCCAAGAUCCAGAACUUAAUAGCCAAGAACACACUGCUCAGCCUCAAAGCAGAGUUGAGGUUAAAGAGUGCCAGAACUCACCAAAUCAGGAAGCCCAGCUACAUGUGGCAAGACAUCCAAUGCAAACAGACAUAAACCUGUCCUCAUGUGAGCCAAGAAGUCUAAGCCACACAGACACAGAUGUGUCCUCACAUGAUUCAAAGCAACAAGUCACCUCAUUUGUGACACUUGCUUGCAGCAGAAUGGGUGACAAGGAUUCACUUUUAGUGAAAAACAGUGUGAACACCAAGAGCACUUCCCGCAGUGAGAGAACAGUUCAACUGGGACCAAAUGUAACUGCAAUCUCAAACCAUACUGCCAAGAUGUCACCAAACUCUGCAACCUCUGUAAUCUGCAGUACUCCAUCUACAUUCGAGGGACCUUGUGCCUCAUCCCCAGAGGUGAUACGCUACACUAAAGCCCAGAGACCCACCUCUUUACCCAUCCAGCCCUUUAUUCUUCAGCCUCCAUCAGGACAGCAGCACAAAAAGGACCUGGGCUCACUUCUGAGCCAGUACAUCAGCCAUUUACAUGAAAAGACUGGCACAUCCAAAAACACAGGCAAAUGCACACAGCUGGCUGGCCACCUGGGAGCUUCUCCUCUGGGGAAUUACUACUCCAUCCAUCUGGAGUCCAGCUCAGACGUCUGUUCGACCUGCAGCCUUAGUCCGGUUCAGUCCCACUUUUCACCUCACUGGGUCCAGACCCAUACCCACCAUGAAUCAGAUCACAAGACCCUAGAACCCAAGGUAUCCUCACUUCAGAUUCCUCAUGAAUUGGGAGAGGAGAUUCUAACCUCAAGACCAGGCAGCCAAGAAGAGUGUGAGCUCUCUCUUCAUAGUCCCUGUCCAGCCAUUCCCUCAUGGACCUCCCUGACCUCUGAGAUGUCCCUCAUAUCUGUAUCUGGUGCUGGGCGAAGACCUCCAUGGCCCCCAGAUGCAGCUUUUUGGGCCCAAAUAAGUCUGCUGAAAACUGUGAGCUCGGCAGUGGAUUUGAUUACAGCCCAUUUCAGCUCCUACAGAGAUCUGGAGGAGAAGAUCAGACUGGGCAACAGCUUGCUGUGUCCCAGCAUCAGUAAGCUAGUCCUGGGACAGCUUUGCCCCGCAAUCCGGAACAUUCUGCAGGAUGGGCUGAAAGCCUUCAAGCAUGACUUGGUUGUUGGACAGCAGCAUAAUAAACCAUGGAGCGUGGUGGAGGCAUCUUCACAGCCAGGCCCAUCUACCCGUGUUCUCCACAGUCUGGUUUCAGUUGUUAGGAAGUGCUCACAGUUAACCAGUCACAAUUUGAGGCUUAAUGCUUUCUUCUUAGGUCUCCUGAACUUGCGUGCUUUGGAGGCGUGGUUUCAUCACUUACACACCUGUGCAGGUGUGGUAACUGAGUACUACCACCCCUGGGCUUUCCUUACUCUAUCUCAAGGCCCAGCAUGUGGGUCUCUGUUCCAGGAGCUUCUCCUUCUGCUGCAGCCGCUGUCCCAUCUACCCUUUGACCUCCACCUCCUCUCUGAGCUCAGGCUCCAGAGCAGGCCAGAGCAGCGUCCGAUACCCACCUCGGGACCUCUUCCCCUGUCUGCCUGCACGUUCCUGCAGAUAUCCCCCAACCCGAGGAGGGUCAGCUCUCCAGAAAGGCCUAGAGAGAAGGAGGAAAACGCACUACACACUCUGGCCCAGGCUGAGAGUCACGCAGCCUGUAGCACACACAUGACUAAGAAGCUCACAGGCUGUGUGGGUAGGUUCUGUAAGCUUCCCAAGCUGCUCUCUGCAGGACAGCGACAGAAUUCUGUGUCUCCUGUGUGCUCUAGAAGAGAGAGAGCCGGAUGGUGGCUUGCUGAGAUGGACAUCUGCUCCCAUAGCCCUCCCCAAGCAGGAGGUGUAGAGCUGAUAGUGGAAAACAGGGAGAGUAGAACAGGGAGGGUCUCGGCGACGUCUCCAGGCAGCAAGGCCACUGGAGAGCUGUACUGGGCUUGGUUAUUUGGCUCGGGGAUCAGCACUCCAGUGGCAAUGGACAGCACACAAAAAAGAAGCAUGCCAACCAAGAGAAGCAGGCUACCGUCACAAUGGCUCAAGAUGGGAGCAUCAAAGGUGGAAUUGCUGGUCCAGUCGGUCUGGGCUGGUAAGACGGACAGGCUGUGGAACAAAAGAACAAUCCGUCCACAGCCACAGCUGCAUUCCUGAUCGACUGCUAUUAAUACUGAAUAUUAAGUGCUCAGUUUUCUAAAGAUGCCAGGAUGAGUUUGUCCAUUUUUUAAACAAUAAUGAAAGUAUGCCCUGCUGAAAACUGUCAUUUUCUGAGUGAAAUGUAAACAAGUCAUCGACCCACACACACUUGCAUUUCUCCAUCGUGCCCAGAACACCUUAGCGAGACAGAAACGGACCCAUGUAAGCCACUCUAGACUCUUUUUAAGGGUCAGAUGAAUAACCUUGGGCACGGAUUAAGCCAAAAGUAAGGUAGCAUUUCAAUUGAAUUCAAUUGAAAAGUACAAAGAUUGUUUAUGGCAUUUUGUUUAUAAGUCUGAACUACUUUUAAUCGAUAUAUUUGCUACUAUUGACUUCCACUACUGAGGUUCAGUGUUCUCUGUGCUCCCAGUUAACAUAAGAUUUAUUGCAUGACAAUAAACUACUAUUUCUGUAAAGCACUUAAUCUUCAGUUAGUUUAAAUGAGUCUUUGUAGUAAAAUGCAUGCAAAGUUAACUGACUGAUAAAAUGUAGUGUAGGUUCAGCAUCAGGAGGUGGUGACGGUGUUUUCCUGUGAAUGGAGAUGUACUAUGCAGAGUCUGGUCCCGCCUCAGGCACAGUCCUUUAAAGCAGUGGUAGCUCACUGGUUAAGGUGCUUGACUUGUAAUUGGAAGGUUACCGGUUCAAGUCCCGCCACUGUUGGG